UAAAGAUGUUCUACCAGGAAAUUUAGUUACACGUGAAUUUGAACUUGUUCGAUCACUUGGUUCAGCUGGUCCAGGUCUUCUCUGGAGAAUUUAUGGAGCAAUUAAACGUACAACUAAACAAGAAGCAGCUGUAUUCGUUUUAGAAAAACGUUUAUUAGAUAAAUAUCCAAAAAAAGAUCGUGAUUUAAUUCUUGAAGCAAUGAAAAAAGGUGUACAACAAUUAGCCAAAAUCAAACAUCCUCGUAUAUUAAGUCUUCAACAUCCAUUAGAAGAAUCUCGUGAUAGUCUUGCAUUUGCUACUGAAUCUUGUUUUGGUAGUCUUUCGAAUUGUCUUGGCUUUUUUGAUAAUAUAACACAACCAAUACCAAAGGAAUUUGAAGAUUAUAAACUUUAUGAUGUUGAGAUUCGUUAUGGUAUUGUUCAAGUUUGCGAAGGAUUAGCAUUUUUACAUAAUGAAGUUAAAUUACUCCAUCGAAAUAUAUCACCUGAAUCAAUUAUUAUUAAUUCUAAUGGUGCAUGGAAAUUACUUGGUUUUGAAUUAUCUGUAUCAGGUUCAGCUGAUGGAGCAACUUAUCCAUUUCGAGAUUAUGAUGGAAAUAUUCCAGCAGUGAUUAAUCCUCGAUUGGAUUAUAUGGCACCAGAAUAUGGAACAAUUAAAAGUUAUGAUAGUCAAUCGGAUAUGUUUUCACUUGGUAUGCUUAUUUAUGCAUUGUAUAAUCGUGGUAGAACAUUAUAUGAAUGUCAUGACAGUUAUUCUGCAUUUAUGAAAAAUUGUGAUGAUCUUAAAUCACUUAAUACAACGAAAUUAUCAUCGUUACCAAUGGAAGUUCGUGAGCAUGUUAAAAUGUUAUUAAGUUCAAAACCAGAAUUACGACCAGAUGCUGGACAAUUUGCAAAAGUACCUUUUUUUGAAGAUGUUGGAACAAAAACAUUAGAAUAUCUUGAUUCAUUAUUUCAAGUUGAUAAUAUUCAACGAUCAAUGUUUUAUAAAAGUCUUCCACAAGUUAUUGAUAAAUUACCAAUGCGUGUUAAUUUACAACGUAUUGCUUCAGCUUUAGAACUUGAAUUUAUUAAUCCAGAAAUGGUUCCAUUUGUCCUACCAAAUAUGUUCCUUAUUGCUGAAAAAGCAAGUAAUGAUGAAUAUCAAAAAUAUAUAUUUCCAAAACUUAAACAAGUGUUCAAAAUUCAAAAACCACCUCCGGGAAGUGGAACAUCAAGUUCUGUUAUGCAGACUCUUUUAAUUUUAAUGCGUAAUAUGAAAUUAAUGUUAACUAAAACUCCACCAGAAGAUAUCAAACAAAAUAUUUUACCUGUUGUUUAUAAUGCAUUAGAUGCUGAAUCAGCACAAGUUCAAGAACUUUGUUUAGCAAUUAUUCCGCAAUUUGCACAUUUAAUUGAUUUACAAGCAAUGAAAUAUAAUAUAUUACCACGUAUAAAAAAGAUCUGUUUUGAAACAAUAACAUUAAGUGUUCGUGUUAAUUGUUUAAUAUGUCUUGGAAAAUUAGUUGAAUCAUUAGAUAAAUGGGUUAUUAUUGAUGAAGUUUUACCAUUACUUCAAUCAAUACCAUCACGUGAACCAGCUGUACUUAUGGCAAUAUUAGGUAUCAUUAAAGUUGCUAUGUCAUCAACAAAAGCUGGUGGAUUACCACGUGAAGUACUUGCAACAAAAGUUAUACCAUUUUUAAUACCAAUCUCAAUUGAAACAAGUCUUAAUCUCAAUCAGUUUAAUGCAUAUAUGAUAACGAUCAAGGAUAUGUUACAAGCAGUUGAAAGUGAACAACGUAAAAAACUAGAACAACUUUCUCAGCAAGCAGCAAAUGCACCAAUUAUACCAAUAGGUCCAACAACAAAUGAUAUUGUUGUUGAUCAUAAUUCAUCUUCAAUGAUGGAUCAAUUUAUGCUUGGUCAUGGUUUUAAUUCUGAAAUAUCACAAAAUAAAAGUAUAUCAUCAAAUUUUGAUUCUAAUGCAUCUCAUGGCAGCCCAAAAUUACAACAUUCUCAACAAACAUCAGCUAAUUCAUCAAUUUCAACAGAAGUCUCAUUGGGAAAAAAAACAUUAACAUUAGAAGAAAAAGAGCGUAUAAUGCGCCAAAAUGAACAAACACAACGUAUGCAAACACAAGGUGAAAUUGUACCUGAACGUAAAGCACCAUUAUCAUCGUUACCAACUAAAAAUUCAAAUAUUCCACUGAUGUCUAUGACACCUACAUCAUCAACAGCAAUGUCGAGUUCAUCUUCAAAUCUUUAUAAAGAUCUCACAAGUACUUUAUUUGAUCAAAAUCCAUCACCAUCACCAUCACAACCAUUUUAUGGUAUGUCUACUUCACAAACAAUGCCAUCACUUAUACGUCCAACUACAGCACAACAACCAAUGCGACCAACAUUAAAUUUUGCUUCAUCAACAAAAACAACAGAUUUAACAUCAAGUCUUUUAAAUAAUAUUAAUUCACUUGGUUCUCGACCACAAACAAAUCCAUCAUCAAUACCAAUGAAUGCAAAUUCUUCAAUGCCUUCACCAUAUUUUACUUCAGGACCAAUGAAUAACGGAACAUUAUUUCAACCACCGCCUGCACCAGGUUCGACUGUAAUCAAAGGUUCAGCUACAUCAUCAAAUAUAGCACGUCCAAAAACGGCCGCUUCUGAACUUGAUGAUCUUUUUAAUUAG